AUGGUUGCAGACGCUCUGGUUUAUCAUCCUGCUUUGGCGCACUACUUGCGCUUUGUCGCGACAACUGUCGGUCGUGACAAGAUCCUGCGUACCCUGCAAUACUUCUCCCGCUUCUACGCCUGGUAUCUCUACCGCACCAACCGCCCCCAGUCCGCCAUCGAUCCCUACAAUGCCAUCAAGAAGCAGUUCGGCACAACACGAAAGAUCCUCAGAAUUGGAAAAUUCGUGGAGCAUCUCAAGGCUGCCGCGCUUGCCGCUGACAACAAGAGCCCGAUCGACCCUGUCCUUCGGUACCUCGCCAUCGGACGCCAGCUCGGUUAUGCUGGUUACCUGACUCUCGACACUAUCACAGUCGUCGACGUGAUCGGUGUUAGGAAGCUUGCUGCGGCCAAGCGGCUGCAAGAGUCUGCCUAUCGCUCUUGGAUGGCGGGAUUGGCCUGCAGCGCUGUCGCUGGACUUUACACUUUGUGGAGGCUGCAGGAGAAGGAGAAGACACUCGACCGUAAGGAGGGAGAGGGUGUCGUAGAGGCCAAGAAGCUCGAAAAGGAACGUGCCGCCGCCCGUAUCCAGCUGAUCUCCGACUUGUGCGACUUGACCGUGCCCGUCUCGGCGCUUGGUCUCGCCUCCCUCGAUGACGGAAUUGUGGGCAUUGCCGGUACUAUCAGCAGUUUGAUCGGAGUGUGGUCGCAGUGGCGUAAGACCGCAUAG